UUGCAUUUUUCAAACCAGAUAGCGCAUUGAUGCAGUUGUAUAUCGAAAUAUUGUGUGCUAUCGAUCUUUUUAUUAUCGUGAUUCAAUGACAUAUGGAUGAAAAAACGUUAAGUCCAUUGCAACGCACGAUGAGUACUUAUAACAAAAAUAAUCACAUGGUUUGGAUAGAUAUGGAGAUGACAGGAUUGGAUAUUGAAAAGUGUCACAUUUUAGAAAUCACUUGUUUAAUUACCGAUAGUAAUUUAAAAAUCAUAAGUGAUCAAUUGAAUAUUGUAAUAAAUCAACCCGAUUCUAUUUUAAAUACUAUGGGUGAUUGGUGUAAAGAACAUCAUGAAAAGUCAAAAUUAAUUGAUGAUGUUCGUAAUAGUAAAAUUUCGUUGAAAGAUGCGGAAGAAUCUGUAUUAAAAUUUUUAAAAAGUUACGUUCCAAAAGGCAAAUGUCCUUUGGUUGGUAAUUCUGUUUACAUGGACCGUUUAUUUUUAUUAAAAUACAUGCCAUUAGUGCACGAUUAUUUGCAUUAUAGAAUUAUAGAUGUUAGCACCAUUAAAGAACUUGCGAGGAGAUGGAAUUUGCAAAUAUAUCAUUCUGCUCCUCCAAAAACAUGUCAGCACCGAGCAACUGCUGAUAUUUUAGAAAGUAUCAAAGAAUUGGAACAUUAUAAAAAUUGUAUAUUUACGCCAGAUAAUUCUUAGGAGGUAAUUUAUUUUUAUAAA